AUGAUUCCAGACAUCAUUCCUAAGGCUUAUCAAGUCUUCUAUAUUCUCAUACCUACAAUCAGCUUAAUAGGGAACUCAAUUAUAGUUUAUGUUACUAUACGGUCAAGAUUGUUACGAGGUCCAUGCAACAUAUUUAUAGCUUUGAUAUCUUUCGGUGACGUACUACAUAUGACUGGGCACUUCAUUAUGAUCAUAUCACACAAUAUGAGUCCUACCCAUAAAAUAGGACGGAACCUUUGCUCUGAUAUGCAACUACUCGCAAUAUUUGGCAUGUUCUUCUCUUCAUGGUUGCUUCUCAGCGCUGCCCUCGAUCGACUAAUGUCUUUGCAUACAUUUUACAAAUUUGUUAUUCUUCGUCAUGCAAAACUUUAUGUGACUGUCCAGACUUCCAUAGCAGCCAUAUUCGCUAUAAUCGCUGAUAUUGGUGUAAUAUUCGUUCCUCACGAUAACGAUACUAUGGCCAUCGUCUGCGUCGGUGAUCUUCUUCAUAUAAAGAUAGAAAGGUUCCACGUCAACCUUCUAGCAGGACUUUUUGUUAACUUCGCAUGUGCAACAAACUUCUUCGUAUAUUACGCUAUAAGUAACGAGUACCGUCGCAUUUUUGACCGCUAUAUUUUCAUUGGACGUUUCAAAAGAAUGAUUGGUGCCAAGGAACCUUCUGAUGCUUGGACAGCAGGUGUGGAUUCAAGAACUGGAUGA